AUGAAUGCAGGCGAGGGCAAAAAAUUCUCCGCAUUCUCAGCUCUAAGCCUCCUAGAUUCAAGCCCUCCGACUGCAUUCCCAGAGGAUAUGCCCACCCAGAAGGAGGUACUGGCGGCAUUUGUAGCUGCUCGUGCUGCACUGAAGUGGUCUUCCGAAGAUGAUAUUUAUGCUAGAACACAAGAGAUUAUUAAGAUUUGUCAAAAUCUUGAAAAUGCUGGAAACGUUGAUUGUCUGUGUCAGUUUAUGUGGUCUCUUCCAAAACGUAAUGAUCUGUGGGAGGUUUUGAAUCGUGACGAGGUUAUCCUUCGGUCUCGGGCUCUGAUUGCUUUCCACACUCGAAAUUUUACUGAACUCUACUCCCUUCUGGAACAUCAUAACUUCUCUAAGGCAAGUCAUGCAAAGAUGCAGGCUCUAUGGUUGGAGGCGCACUAUCAGGAAGCUGAACGGUUGCGAGGUCGUGCACUCGGGCCGGUGGAUAAAUAUCGAGUGCGAAAGAAGCAUCCACUGCCCAAAACUAUUUGGGAUGGUGAGCAAAAGACGCACUGCUUUAAAGAGAGGACACGGAGCCUUUUGAGAGAGUGGUACCUUCAAGAUCCCUACCCCGGGCCCAACAAGAAGAGAGAACUGGCCAAUGCCACAGGACUUACACCGACUCAAGUUGGCAAUUGGUUUAAAAAUCGUCGACAAAGGGACCGGGCAGCUGCUUCAAAGAGCCAACGAAUACUUCUGCCUGAGGAGAGCGACGAAGAGAUUUCCGUUGACACGAAAAUGCUACCUUCAAGUUCACCAUUAAUGAACCAAGUGGAACAGUUCUCCUCCCCUCUGGUAGGCCUGGAUGAUGCUAAGCUGACCAAGCCCAAGCCUCUACCAUCUCCGUCAAGGCUGUCUUCGUUCAGUGCUGAAGCUCUGAUUGACAGAAAGCGCUCCUUUCAGGAGUCAUUUGGAGAAAAAUCACUUGGAGAUGAUUGCCUAGGACGGGCACUACCAAUGAUGCCACCAAUCUCAGUGGCAAUGGCAAACUUGAUUCCGGACUUUCGUUCCACUUCCCUGCCCCAGUGGUAUUUGCAAGCAUCCUAUGCUCUCUCAACCCUCUUACCGCCCGAUCUAAGGGGUUUGGUGCCUCAGCUUCCAUCUUUCAUGUUUCCCUCACUGUCACCAACCAAUCUUCUCCUUCCACAGUUCCCCGUGGAACAGACGACAUCAUCCUCUUCGUCCUCCUCCUCCUCCUCCGCUUCCUCCUCUUCCUCCUCCUCCAAAACUCAGGAGUCAGAAACUGCGACUUCUUUGUGA